GCGUAAUUGAAAUUGAAUGAAGCUGAAAAUAGAAUGAACCAUGGCAUUGACAGGGAUUGGAAAACUGAAGAAUUGCUCCAGAGGAAAGAAAUGAAGUAAAGUAUCGUUUGAAUGUCGAUUCUGUGGAUCACGUCAAAAUGAAUUUACCAAGUAGUUUUGCUUUCGAUUAUGGAUGAAUGAAUUGUGUGGAAUAGUAUAUCUUCUUUAAUGGCAUAUCAUUGGCUGUGAAUUCAUUUAGACUUUUGUUUUGGUUGUGAACUUUCUUUUAUUUAUUUAUUACUGGAUUUUAUUCUGUCGUAAACUAUGUUUUUAAGACGUUAUAUUGAAAGGUUGAAGACCUCUUGCUUUCGACACAAGUCCAGGCCAAUUUCUAUAGUGCGGGUAUUCAUUGUUGUGAUACUGUUUAGUCUUUUAACAUUUUUCAUACUUUCGUACAAACUGAUGACCCCACGACAUGUUCGCAAAAUGCCACAUCCACCAAAACCAAAGUUUCAGUGUCGAGUCGACAGGAAGUUGCAGUUUGCUCCAAGGGACCAUAAUUCCAGGGAAAACUUGCACAUCAGUAAAAAAGUUCUUGUAUUCGCUGAGUCGCAAUAUCCAAAACUGGUACGACAAAUUACACAGACACUUGAGCUUGCUAGGUUCGAAUAUAAAAUUGAAAGUACAGGUAAACAUCUUCCACCCCUGACCCACCAGGACAAGGGCAGGUGGUCAGUUGUCAUUUUUGAGAAUUUGGAAGCAUAUUUAUCAAUGGACCAAUGGAACAGGGAAAUGAUUGACAAAUACUGUAAAGAAUACAAAGUUGGCAUGAUUAUUUUUGUACAUUCAGCUGAUGAGUUAGGGAUAGAUAGAGAAAAGGUCACAGGAUUUCCUUUAAUCUUACGUUACAACAUGGGGCUAAGAGAUUUCCAUCUUAAUGCAUAUUCUGAAAUGUGGAGGAUUGCAAGGCCAGGCGAGGUAAUCGAUGGUCCCCUGGCAGACGAUGAUUGGACUGUGUUUGAAUAUCAUAACAACACUUACGAACCUCUCGCAUAUGCUAGAGCUGCACCCAACAAAUUCGUGGAAGGUAACGAACAAGACAAUUCCACGCUAGUGGCUUCAGUGCUGGACCUUGGCAAACAUGAUGGGAUCAAGCGAGUUUAUUUUGGAAACUCUCUGGGUUUUUGGUUACAUCGUUUAAUGAUGGUGGAUGCUCUGUCAUACCUGUCUCAUGGCAAGUUGAGUCUAUCUCUGGAUCGAUACAUACAGGUGGAUGUGGACGAUAUUUUUGUCGGAAUCACAGGGACCAGAAUGACAGCCCCCGAUGUGGAGGCCAUGGUGCAGGCACAGGAAAGACUACAAAAGAAGGUGCAAGGCUUUAUGUUCAACAUGGGAUUUUCUGGGUAUUAUUUCCAAAAGGGAGAUGAUCAGGAAAAUGAAGGAGAUAAAAAGAUAUUGGAGUACAAGAACAAGUUCUGGUGGUUUGGACACAUGUGGAAGCAUGAACAUUCUCAUAAGUUUCAGCAAGAACGACUCGAGCAGUCCAUGCUGAAAAACUACCAGUUUGCCAAGGAGAAGAACAUUCCUGUGCACCACCAGUAUGCGGUGGCCCCUCUCCAUUCUGGUGUCUUUCCAAUCCACGAAGAACUGUAUACAGCCUGGAAGAAUGUGUGGGACAUCAGAGUGACCAGUACGGAGGAGUACCCCCGACUCCAUCCCGCCUGGAGAAGGAGGGGCUUCAUACACAGGGGCGUUAUGGUUCUACCUCGUCAGACAUGUGGUCUCUUCACACACACUAUGUACUUUGACGAGUAUCCAGGUGGUCCCCAGGUCCUAGAUGAUAGCAUCCUGGGAGGAGAACUCUUUGCUACAUUCCUUUUUAAUCCUAUUAAUGUAUACAUGACUCACAUGUCCAACUAUGGAAAUGACCGCCUGGCCUUGUACACAUUUGAGAGUGCUAUCAAGUUUGUUCAGUGUUGGACCAAUCUAAGAUUGAAGCAAGUUCCACCACUUGAAAUGGGAAUCAAGUAUUUUGAGAUGUACCCUGAAGAAAAAGAUCCUGUGUGGAGGAACCCUUGCUCUUACAAAAGGCAUAUAGAAAUUUGGUCAGAGAACAAAACUUGUGAUAGACUCCCAAAGUUCUUGGUUAUUGGACCACAGAAAACUGGCACAACGGCAUUAUACACCUUUCUGGCCAUGCAUCCAGCUAUUAUCAGUAAUUAUAACAGUUCCGAGACUUUUGAGGAAGUUCAGUUCUUCAAUGGAAAUAAUUAUUACAAGGGCCUUGAUUGGUACAUGAAUUUCUUCCCCAUUCCUCCGAAUGCUACCUCAGAUUUUCUCUUUGAGAAGAGUGCCACCUAUUUUGACAAUGAGCUAGCACCACAUCGUGCACAUGCUCUUCUUCCUAAGGCUAAACUCAUCUGCAUACUCAUCCAUCCUGCCAAAAGAGCUUAUUCCUGGUAUCAGCAUAUGAGAGCACACAAGGACCCUGUGGCAACAAAUUACUCAUUUUUCGAUGUGAUAACUGCAUCAGACUCCGCCCCCAUGAAGCUCCAGAGUCUGAGGAAUCGAUGUCUGAUACCGGGGAUAUACGUGCAACACUUAUCUAGGUGGCUGGAUUAUUAUCCCUCCAGACAAUUAUUUAUUGUGGAUGGAGAAAAACUCAAGAGUCACCCAGCAGCUGUGAUGCAUAAUGUCCAGCGGUUCUUGCAUAUAGAACCUCACUAUGAAUAUAAUGAUUUACUCAGGUACGAUCCAAAGAAGGGAUUUUAUUGCCAGGUAAUGUCCAAUAACAAAAGUAAGUGUCUGGGACGGAGCAAGGGGAGAAAGUAUCCCCCCUUGGAUCAGAAGUCUCUCCUGUUCUUGCAGCAGUUCUACAGUAAACACAAUGUAGCUCUGUCACACUUACUGGAAAAGUACAAGUUCAGGGUUCCUGAUUGGUUGGAGCGGGAUCUCAGCAGUGGUAGAUAACGCCAAAUUUGAUUGGUUCAAACAUUCUCGUUGGUAUCAAAUAGAAAAUUGUCUUUCAUGACAUUGAUUUUAUGAAAAUAUGUACUGCCAAAUAUUGUUGAUGG